AUGGCGACUAACUCGUUUCGCGACUCCGUCAACUCGCUAGGGUGGUCGCGCAGAGACCCGGAUUUUCCUGUUAAUACUAAUUCGUCCUCUGACACCCCAUUCUUUUCGCGCCUACAAUCUUUGAACCCGUUUGGCCAGGGUGGCUACGUUCAACUUCCCACUCACAAUGAUGGCCCUGGCGCGCCCUUGCCAGCAGCCAGUCGUCGGGAAGAGGAAGAGGGUUUCUUUGCCUUGAGUCGAUGGGAUCGGAUGCUCAUCUUCGGCGCCUGUAAUUUGGGUGCCGCCGUCUGCUUCAUGAUCUGCUUCUUCUUGUUUCCAGUUCUCACGCUCAAGCCCCGCAAAUUCGCUGUUCUAUGGUCUGUCGGUUCAGUCCUGUUUUUGCUAUCAUGGGCAGUCCUCAUGGGACCCUGGUCUUACGCUAGACAUCUGGUCUCGGGACCACGGUUGCCGUUCACGGCGGCCUAUUUCGGAUCUAUCGGACUAACACUGUACUUUGCUGUCGGGCUCCAAAACUUCAUCCUUACCCUCAUCUCCUCUAUCUUCCAACUUGUCGCGCUGGUCUGGUAUAUGGUCAGCUACUUCCCUAUGGGCACCACUGGCCUGCAAUUCAUGGGUCGCUUCGGUGUCUCACGCGUAUCCGCUUGGAUGUCCGGUUGA